GCUAGUCCAGGCCAAAGGCAUCCAUCCGACUUGAAAAUUAAGCAUUGGAACAUGGCCUCUUAGAACUCUGUCCUUUAAAAGUCAUCCACGCGGAAAUAUAUCCUGGGUACGAGGUCCAUCGGAAAAUGGGGUGAGAGCUUUGGCAGAACGAAAGGCUGGAUUAGUCUAGAACAAAAGUUCAAAGAUAGUAGGUAUUACCCCAAAACACAACCAAAUUUAUUAGAUAUAUAAUUCAGUCAAAGGGCCAUACUGUUGUUGAAGUUGUUGAAAAUGAGUUGAGAACACCUUCCCAACCGUUUUGGGACACGGAUAGGGCUCGAACCCUAAACCCUAAAACCUCGUUUCUCGCUACGCACUUGGGCCUCAUCCAACCAAAACCUUCCGUAGCCAGAGCUGGCAUUUCAACCUCCGACGACAACGACAACGACACUCCUCCGCAUUACCCAUCACCAUCACCCGUCAUCAACGAUCGAGAUGGCGAAGGAACGCACCGGUAUCAUCGUCGGCUUGAACAAAGGCCAUAAAACCACGGCCAACACGACCAAGCCACGCAUCUCGCGGACAAAGGGCCACCUCUCCCGCCGCACACAGUUCGUCCGUGAGAUCGUCAAGGAAGUCGCCGGUCUUGCCCCAUAUGAGCGCCGUGUCGUCGAACUAUUGAGAAACGCCCAGGACAAGCGGGCCCGUAAGCUCGCGAAGAAGCGGCUCGGUACCUUCGGCCGUGCCAAGAGAAAGGUCGACGAGAUGCAAGGGGUCAUUGCUGAGGCCAAGAGAGCCGGCCAUUAAAUAUUCUUGUUUUCUAAGGGAGAAAAAGAAGGCGCCUGGUUUUCGUGGAGAGGGAUAUGAUAUGGAGAGGGACCGGCUUGUUGCUGUUUGCUACUCUUUGAAUUGAGGGUUUGGUGUCAUGGUUUACCAUCAAAACAUCCCUUUUUUUUUUUUUUUUCCUUGUGUUUUUUU